AUGUCACCUUCUGCGGUUACUUUGGAAACACAGGGGAUUGAUGCUGCUUCAAACCCCAAAAUCGUAUCUUCAUCUCCAUCGUUUGCGGAGGCGCAAGCUUCAACGGCCAUCGAUGACAAGGCAAAUGGAGAUGGCGUGGCUCAAAACAAAUCUUCUUUACCAUUCAGACCUACUCCUCAGCCCUCUUUCGAAAUAGAAGACCACCCAGUCGAUAUUGUUAAACCCCUGAAGGUUGCAGUUAUUGGUGCUGGUCUUGCUGGAAUCAACGCAGGUAUUCUUUUACCUGCUAAGGUGCCUGGAAUUCAACUUACAAUUUUCGAGAAGAAUGCCGAUGUUGGUGGGACUUGGUUUGAGAAUAUCUAUCCCGGGGUUCGUUGCGACAUACCUGCAAACGUAUAUCAAUCAACAUUUGAGCCUAAUACCCAAUGGUCCGAAGAAUAUGCACAAGGAAAGGAAAUCAGAGAAUACUGGCAGAAGGUUGCAAGAAAGCACAACGUAUACAAUUACCUCAAAUUUAAUCGCAAGAUUGCUGGGGCAGUCUGGGAUGAGGAGAAUGCACAAUGGACAUUGAGUAUCGAGAAUGUUGAGAACGGAGAUAUAACGGAAGAGCAAUUCGAAGUAGUCAUUACGGCAAUCGGUAGAUUUAAUGCUUGGAAACUCCCAGACUACCCUGGUAUCGGCGAUUAUAAGGGACAUCUUCGACAUUCUUCAAAUUGGGACCCAAACUUUGAUCCUACGGGUAAAACUGUCGCGGUCCUUGGAAAUGGUGCUAGCGGCUUGCAAGUGGUUCCAAACCUUCAGAAAGUUGUGAAGCAUUUAGACCAUUAUGCACGUAGCAAGACUUGGAUUGCGGGAUCUUUCGGUGGUGAAGGUGAAGGUAGAAGAUUGGAACCAAAUUAUUUUCCUCCAGAUCUCCUCAAAUCAUUCGAGGAUCCAGAAACGUAUCAAAAAUUUCGAAAAGAGCUUGAGGGAAAAUUCUAUGGUCGAUUUGCCGCUCUAUUCAAAGGAACAGAAGAUAACAAGAGACUAGAAGAAGAUUUUCGAAAGUUGAUGGCAGAACGUUUAAAAAAGAAGCCAGAGUUAUUGGAUGCUAUUGUUCCGGACUUCGCGCCAAAUUGUCGUCGUUUGACUCCUGGACCUGGCUAUCUAGAGGCUUUGACCGAGGAAAACGUCUCUUUUAUUCAAACUCCUAUCGAGAGAUUUACCGAGGAAGGUAUUGUUACAAUUGAUGGUGUCGAAAGAAAGGUCGAUGCAGUAAUAUGCUCCACCGGAGCAAAUAUUGAUAUGCGACCACCAUUUCCAAUUGUUGCAUUCGGUCAUAAUCUACGUGAUGCAUGGGAUCCUGACCCUCUUACAUAUCUUGGAGUCGCAUCGCCUUCCUUCCCCAACCUUCUCUUUGUCUCCGGACCCAAUGCUCAUGGAACAAGUGGUACAGUUCCAAACCAAACCGAAACACAAAUAACUUACUUGGCCAAGAUACUGCGAAAAGUUAGCCAGCAGAGCAUCAAGACCUUCGUCCCAUCCAAGGAGGCGACAAAUGAUUUCAUCGCUUAUAGUGAUGCUUUCUUUCCCAGAACAGUAUGGACAGAUAAUUGUAAAUCUUGGGCAAACUCUGGCAGACCAGGAGGAAGAAUUCAUGGUCACUGGCCUGGAAGCGCAUCGCAUGUUAAUUUUAUAAGAAAAGAUCCCAGGUGGGAAGAUUGGGAAUAUACCUAUAAAUCCAAAACUGGAAAUAGAUUUGCAUAUCUAGGAAAUGGUUGGACGGUAAAGGAGACGAUUGCGGGUAGUGACUUGACUCCAUAUCUCAAACGCCCGGAUCAGAUCGAUUUGAGAAGUUAUCAUGAAGAAUGGUUUGAAGGCUUAUAG